AAAAUAUGCUUUACCAGUGAAAAGUAGCAUAUCCUUGGCAACAAAAAGACAAAUUUUGCCAACAGUGAUAUGACCACAAGAAGACAAAAUUUUGCUAGGAAGCAUCUUCGGGAACUAGCAAAAGAAGAUAAAAUUUUGCGGGGAAGCAUCUUUGCCGUUGGGUUCUAGCAAUUGGCAAUAAAAAUAUCAACUGAUACAGAAAGAUCAAAUGGAAAACUUAGACAUUCCCACGGUUGAUUUUUCACCUUUCUUCACUGACAGUGAUGAGGAUGGAAAGAAGAAUGCAGUAGGAAUUAUUAAAGAAGCUUGCUCAAAUUAUGGUUUCUUCCAAAUCUUUAAUCACGGCAUACCCCGCGAUUUGAUAAACCGAGCCCUGAAGUUUUCAGGGACAUUCUUUGCCCUCCCAGAUGAGGAGAAGGUCAAAUAUAUCCGGGGAUUGGGUGCACCUCUUCCGGCCGGUUAUAAUAAGCAGCCAGAACACUCGGCUGAUAAAAAUGAAUACUUACUCAUGUUUCCACCUCGGUCCACCUUCAAUGUUUUGCCCUCAAAUCCGCCAGAGUUCAGGACUGGUGAACUUAUAGAGAGAAUAUUGAAUGAUUGUUUGGGUCUCCCGCCCAACUUUUUGAAAGAAUUCAACAAUGACAGAAGCUGGGAUUUCAUGGUGGCUUUACGCUACUUCCCAGCAACUGGAACUGAAAACAAUGGCUUAUCUGAACAUGAAGAUGGAAACUGCGUCACCUUCGUGAUUCAGGACGAAGUUGGAGGUCUCGAGGUCAGAAAAGAUGGAGAAUGGAUUCCAGUGAUUCCAGCUGAAGGCAGCGUGGUUGUCAACAUAGGCGACGUUAUUCAGGUUCACAAUCUGAAAACUGGAUUUAUUUUUCGUCGAAUGCGGUACAAGUACACAAUCUUCAUAAAUGCAUUUUAAAUACUGGCUCCAUUGCUAGCUUGUCAAAUGAUUUCUUCGUCUGAUAAAUUUAAUUUAUUGAUUUCCCCUUGAGAAAA